GCUUUAUAUUUUUCCAUGGAUGUUCUUCUUCGAGCAUUUGUAGAAGGGAUACUAUCCUAUUUUUCUGAUAUACUUAAUUCCAUGGAUGCUGCCAUUAUUGUAUCGACUCUAGUAAUUGAUUUCACUUAUAUUUUUUAUGACUAUGAGAUUUUAAAAGAUAUCCCCAGAUUGGUAAUUAUACUUCGAUCUCUACGACUUAUCAUUCUGCUAAGAAUUUUUCAUUUGGCUUACCAAAAAAGAGAACUUGAAAAGGUGACCAGAAGGAUGGUUUCAGGAAACAAACGACGAUACAUGAAAGAUGGAUUUGACUUAGACCUCACUUACAUUACUGAUCGUAUUAUUGCCAUGUCAUUCCCAUCUUCUGGAAAGGAGUCUUUCUAUAGGAAUCCAAUUCAGGAAGUUGUGCGGUUCCUGGAUACCAAGCAUCGAAACCACUAUCUAGUCUACAAUCUUUGCAGUGAAAGAUCUUAUGAUCCUAAGUACUUCCAUUAUAGGGUCCAUCGAAUCAUGAUUGAUGAUCAUAAUGUUCCCCUUCUGAGUGAGAUGGUGGAAUUUUCCAAAGAAGCACAGAAUUGGCUGGCUCAAGAUGAUAAAAACAUCGUAGUGAUUCACUGUAAGGGAGGCAAAGGAAGAAGUGGAACUAUGAUUUGUGCCUGCCUUAUUAUCUGUGAAGUAUUUACAACUGCAGAGGAAAGCCUUCGUUAUUUUGGAGAACGACGAACAGAUACAACCACCAGUUAUAAAUUUCAGGGAGUAGAAACUCCAUCUCAGAAUAGAUAUGUGAACUAUUUUGCAGAUGUGAAGAAUAUUUAUAACUUGACUCUCCCUCCAAGAAAAAUACUUACGAUAAAAAAAUUUGUUAUUUAUUCAAUUAAUGGUGUUGGAAAAGGCAACGGUGAUGAUCUAAAAGUGCAAAUAAUAAUGCAUCAAAAGAUUGUCUUUUACUGUUCUGCUUCCAAAAACUGUAGGAUAGUUCAUGAUAUUGAAAGAGAUAGAGUAAUAAUUCAUCUAUGCAACUGUCCACUUCUGUAUGAUGAUGUAAAAGUGAAAUUUCUGUCUUCUUCAGAUCUUCCUAAAUUCUAUGACAACUGCCCCUUUUUAUUUUGGUUCCACACAUCCUUUAUAGAAAAUAACAGGCUUUAUCUUUCAAGAAGUGAAUUGGAUAAUCCCCAUAAGCCAAAAGCAUGGAAAAUUUAUCGUCCAGAGUUUGCAGUUGAAACUUAUUUUGAUGACGUUAACUUGUACCUGAUAUCUGAUUUAAGUGUACCUCUCCUUCUAGGAUAGAA